AUGGCAGGCAACAUCAAGGUUUUAGAAGAAAGAAUGAAGCUGGAGUGCAAGUGCCAUGGCGUUUCUGGCUCCUGCACCACCAAGACCUGCUGGACAACGCUUCCGAAGUUCCGCGAGGUUGGCUACAUACUCAAGGAGAAGUACAACGAAGCUGUACAUGUCGAGGUCGUCCGGGCAAGUCGGCUGCGCCAGCCCACCCACCUCAAGGUGAAACAGACUCAGGGCUACAGGAAGCCCAUGGAGACGGACCUCGUUUACAUUGAGAGGUCACCCAACUACUGUGAGGAGGACGCAGCCACGGGAAGCGUGGGAACCCAGGGACGCUUGUGCAACCGCACCUCGCUGCACACAGACGGUUGUGACCUCAUGUGCUGCGGCCGGGGUUACAACACGCACCAGUACACCAAAGUGUGGCAGUGCAACUGUAAAUUCCAAUGGUGCUGCUUUGUCAAAUGCAACACGUGCAGCGAGAGGACGGAGGUGUUUACCUGCAAAUAAAGCUGCAGGAAACUCAAAUUAUCAGGAAGAGUAGCACCCAGGAGUAGCUGAACGAGCAUGAACCGGACAGAGUGGGAUAUCCAUGUGUCUUUGACCAGUGAGAAAUUAAAAAAAAUGGAACAAAUGGAAUUUACACUAUUAGCUCUUCAUUGCGUCGUUUUGCACAGCAGAAUCUAUCUAAUUGCUUUCCAGAAAGUAAUUGCUAAUUUUCAGUAGGUAGUAGCCCACAAUUUUACUGUCACAUUGUGAUCAUGUACUAAUGCAUCCAUAUUGAAGAUUGGAGUCCCCAUUACAAAUAGAAG